GUAGCAUCUCAUCCUAAACACAAGAGAGAUGGGUUACUUCCUUCCUUUUCUGUUCGCCUUCCUCGUCCCCAUUGCCUCCGCGAGCGACCUCCUCGGAACCAGAUGCUUUGACACUGGUAAAAAUUAUUCGGCAAGCAUCCUUGAUGUUGAACGGAUGCUUCUUUUCCAGAUAGCCCAACAUGGAGGUUAUAGCGCUGCCACCUCCGGCAGCGGUUCCUCCGCCGUCUAUGGCCUGCUGCAGUGCAGAGGCGACGUUAGCCUCAAUGACUGCAUCCAAUGCGGAAAAGAUGCAGCCAACCUACUGCGGACCCAGUGCUCCAACCAAGCGGACGCUCGUGUCUGGUACGACUUCUGCUUCCUACGCUACGACACGGAGAACUUCUUCGGCAAGUCCGACUCCGGUGCCGUUAUCCUUUACUGGAACGUCAACACCGUAACGGACACGGCCAUGUUCGAGCGGAAGCUAAAGGGCGUCAUGGACUCCGUGAGGGGCCAAGCUCUGAAGCCCAAUAGCGGCGGGCUCGGCCGUGACAAGGUGAAGCUGUCGCCGUUCAAUGAGCUCUACGGGCUGGCUCAGUGCACCGGAGACUUACCGACGGCGCAAUGUGCGAGCUGCCUGGCGGAUGCGUACACCUACUUCCAGGACAAUGGCAGUUCGUGCAAGGAUCAGCAAGGCUGCAGGGUGCUGUCCAAUGGAUGCUACGUGCGCUACGAGAUUUACCCUUUCUACUUCCCUCUCUACUCCUCGCCCAAGCCCACUCCCGUUUCUCACGCCUAUCUUUCUGGAAGGAAAAAACUUCAUUGAGCAUGCAACUUCCUGUAUGGACUUAAUCAGUUUGUCUCGAGUGUAUGAAUAAAGGGCCACACGAACUUCUGGUCCCAGCUAGAAUAGAAUACUCUUUCAUGUUAUCCAAUCCCAUGGCAACAUUCUGAUGUAUCCGUUUGUGAAGUUGCUUUGAAUUAUGGUAAUAAUUUGAAUGCAUUAUGGACUUCUAUUUCCUUUUUUCUUGUCA